AUGGCAUUGCAAAUACAUGGAUACGCGCUGCUGACUGACAACAUUGAAAAGCACUCCAAACAGAUUGUGAUUGUAAUCUGUCUGAUCCACAUGGUAGAUCUCCUGGGAGAAGAUGCUGUGGAGGAAGUGGGCACUAUCCAACUGUUCAAUCAGUAUAUGAAAGCAUUGUAUCCAUCUUCUAGUCGGGAUCUCUGUCCAGCGAUUUCCAUUUUGCCUACACCAGCUGACUCCAUCAAUUACCACAUCGGGAAUCUUUGA